AUUUCGGGCCUGAUAUAAAUUCAGCUGCGAGUUGCUGCAUCAAUACAGAUAUCGGUUCGCUCACAGCCGAAAGGUUUCCAAAAGUUCCAUUAAAAAUGAAGCAAAUCAAGAUCCUUUUUACGCUCUUAGCUGUCCUUGUGCUGAUUGUUCUGGGGGCCAAUAACUGCGAAGCCGACUGCCUUUCCGGAACAUAUAGGGGCUCCUGUCUCGCGUGGCACAAGAAAAAGUGUAGAAACACUUGCCAGCGGGAAGGACGAACCGGAGGACACUGCAGCACCAGUCUAAAAUGUUGGUGCGAAGGAUGCUGAUGUGGAUGCCAACAAAACGGAAAUUAAAGUAAUAUAUUCCAAUAAA